AACAGGAAGUAAAUGACCGUUGCUGUCAAAGGGAGACGCUAAUGCGGCGGCUGGUCAGGAGAUCAACGGCCACUGCGGACUGGAUUAUCUUCAACUUGUAGUGCACAAAGUAGCCUGUUUGUUAAAUGGAGGAACUGGUUUAUUGCGUCUAUUUCAUUUUGAAAGGAUUGAUAUCUUUGGUCAGUCGGGCUUGAAUGACAGGCAGCUAACGCCGGGAGCUAGCGCCUGGGAACGCUCCACCUAGCUAGCUUAGGCACGCUAAUUCAUUAGCAUCACAUCCACCCGUGAAGAAGACUCCGGCCGUGGACGAAGGGCCGAGGAAAUCGCAGGAAUGAGUCAGAUUACCACAAGGCGUCGACCUUCGUAGCCGUGUUUCACAGCAGGAAGUGAGGACUUCCUUUUGGCCUACAGCUGUAAACUCCAUUUACAGCUCCAACAAUGUAACUAGUUUGAAAAAAAAGGAUCUUCACUUUGCCUUUAGCACACAAAUUAAACAAGGGACGAUGGAGGAAACCUCAGGACGGCCAUCAGCACGUCCGUCUCACCGGGGUCCACAGGGCCGUAAUUAUCAAUGAUACUAAUUCAACCUCGUCCCCCUCAAUGAGGAGCAGUAGCGUCCAGCUCUGAAGGCUCCGAGGCAUGAACUCCGUUUCCCCCAGCGCGGUGCAGUACGCAGGGGGGGCGAUGCAGGACGAGCUGGUGGAGAGCCGGCGGCAGCGGCCCCUGGAGCGGCAGGGCAGCUUCGGCCCCCGGCCAGCGCGCACUCCAGAUCCCAGCAGAGAGGCCACAGGAGAGCCCGACGAGAUGGACAAACUGAAAGCCAAACUGAUGACAGCGUGGAACAACGUCAAAUAUGGUUGGACUGUUAAGUCUAAAACAUCCUUCAACAAGAUCUCGCCGGUCACAGUCCUGGGACACUCCUACCUGCUCAACAAUGAAGAUGAGGUGGAGCGGUUUCGUUUGGCUUUUGUGUCCAGGAUCUGGUUGACCUACAGGAGGGAGUUCCCUCAGCUGGAGGGCUCCACCUGGACUACAGACUGUGGCUGGGGCUGCAUGCUGCGCAGUGGACAGAUGCUGCUGGCUCAAGGGCUCCUGAUCCAUCUGAUGCCCAGAGAUUGGGCUUGGCCAGAUGUUCAGGAGCUAACCGAAGUGGACUUUGAGGUGUUCAGACCACGUUCCCCAGCCCGGGCUGGAGGAGUGCCCAUCCCCUCCUUUGGCUCUCCGCGAGGGUCCAACACCCCAGAAAAGUCCCUGACUGGUUAUCAGGCGCCAAAAUGCACCCAGAGGAAGAGACCGGAGUCCGUGCGUGACAGGCAGGCGGAGCCCAUCCACCACAAACUGCUCACCUGGUUCGGGGAUCUGCCACCGGCACCGUUCGGGCUUCACCAGCUGGUAGAAAUUGGCAAAAGUUCAGGGAAGAAAGCAGGUGACUGGUACGGCCCCUCUAUAGUGGCACAUAUUCUAAGAAAAGCGGUGGCCAAAACCUCUGUGCUCCACAACCUGGCUGUAUAUGUGGCUCAGGAUUGUACAGUGUACAAAGAGGACGUGGUGCAUCUAUGUGACCUGUCUCUGGGACAGACGCCCUCUGACCCGUGCAGCCAAGCCUGGAAGUCCAUCAUCAUACUGGUGCCUGUGCGGCUGGGAGGGGAGGCCCUCAACCCGUCCUACAUCGAAUGUGUCAAGAACAUCCUGAAGCUGGAUUGUUGUAUUGGAAUCAUCGGGGGCAAACCGAAGCACUCCCUUUACUUCGUUGGCUUCCAAGAUGAGCAGCUGCUGUAUCUGGACCCUCACUACUGUCAGCCCGUGGUGGAUGUUUCUCAGGUCGACUUCUCCCCAGAGUCCUUCCACUGCAGCUCCCCCAAGAAGAUGCCCUUCACCCGCAUGGAUCCCAGCUGCACCAUCGGCUUUUAUGCCAAAAACAAGAAGGACUUUGAGUCCCUUUGUUCUGCUGUUAGCGUGGCCCUGUCGUCGUCCAAGGAGAAGUACCCCAUCUUUACCUUCGUAGAGGGCCAGGGUCAGGACUACGGACUGGACGGUCACAGCAGCAGCAGCCACAUUGGCCCCGCAGCCCACAUUCUGCCCCCCGGCACCCUGAGCACGGGUAACAACCGAAGAAGCAGUGACGAGUUUGUCUUCCUGUGAGGCUCCUCGCAGGAUGAUCUGCUAGCUCUCACCCGUAGGGGGCGGAAGAGGACACCCCGUUUCCCUCCAAAGGGAAUGACUUGGUUCUGUGGACGUGACGCUUUAGUGCUUUAUCGUCUUCUGCCCAACAGAAGUAAAAACCGGCUUCUGUUAUUGCCCCUUUCGUGCGGAUGGGUACUAUAAGCUAACUUCAUGGGUCGUGUCUGGAGCAUAUUUUCACUUUUCAAUUUGGUCGAUGGUCGGGAAUGUUCCAACUACUUGAAGUAAUUUUGAUCCACUUCAUCAGACGCCCCGAAAUAGUUUUGAUUAGUUUGAUUUGAUUAGCUCACUGGUCAGUUAUGAGGGUGAGCGGUGCCUAAUAUUGUUAUCGACCUGUAUGAUAUACCACCUGUUGAACGUGUUUUUAAAUCUUCAAUUUAUUUAUCGGGUUUAUGACGUCUUUGCAUGUGCGAGUGUUUCUUGCUAGUCCUGACUAAGUCUACGGACAUAUUUGAGUGUCUGUUGCACAGAGGUUCCUUCUUUCCUCCAGGAGCGUCUUGAGCAGAUGUCACUUCAUUCUACUGUUACAGUCUGGCCUGGUUGUUCCAAAAUGACCGCGGCCUUGAUCCCCUCCUCCUGGCGCUCGUUGAUCAGGAAUCUGCUCCGAGGACUCAAGCUCCCGGGUCGGGGUGAGAGGAAUCCUUCCUGCAGCUGGAGACAGAUGUGUGUCUUCUCCUUGUACCGUGAAACUGGAAUUUUAAGUGCGCUGGAUGUAGUUGCAAAGUAAAAACCCAGAAUAGCUCUUUUUGUUCUACUUAAGUUAAGGUUCUGGGUUUUACUUCUACGAAGUUCUGCAGUCCAUAAGACCCGUUCAAGCUGAGUGGUUUUGUUGCGAUGUCAUUUGUGUUUAGUUUGUCCCUUUUCUACGUGAAAGCUCUACUACUGUUCUUUCAUUUGUUGUCCUAAUUAAACUUCAAGCACUGGAAUCCGCUUUUACUUGCACCUCGUACUGGUUUUAAAGAGACGCGCUGUUUGGUCCCCACACGACGACUGCAGAGGAAGCACUGACCGUUAACGCUGGAACAAAAUGCAAUGUGUGGUCUUCACAAUGUUAUUCCUUCAGUGUCUUUUGUUCCUGUUGUAGGUUGCGAGGCACCGGAAACUAGUCGUCCACCAUUCAACCUGUGAGGCUCACCUGCCAUGUGAUAUUGUUCAUUCUUUUGUUCACUCUGAUUUUAACUGGGGAUGCUGGAGCUCUGUAACAAAGUGAAUCCACAGGUAAACUCAACCUUAACUUAAACUUAA